AUUUUCAGAUAAAAUAUGGCGGAGAAUAUUGAGGAUCCGAACCGGAGUUUCGAGGGGUUUGAGGACGAUGAGGAGAGGGAUGAGGGGAUGGGGGAUGUGUCCGGGGAUGGUGGAAGAAGAAGGUUCUUCUCUAAGGAAAUCCGUUGUAUGCUCUACGGAUACGGUGAUGACAGAAACCCAUACACGGAAACCGUAGACUUUCUCGAGGACUUGGUCUUGGAGUUUAUAACAGAGAUGACCCACAAAUCCAUGGAGAUCGGUAGAAUAGGACGGGUUCAGGUAGAGGAUAUAAUAUUCCUGGUCCGUAAGCACCCCCGAAUGUAUGCGCGUGUGCGUGAACUUCUCACCAUGAACGAAGAGCUCAAGAAAGCAAGGAAAGCUUUCGACGAAGUCAAAUAUGUUCAAGGAUCUAAAUAGUAUUAUUCAUAUAUUUAUUAUAAUUUAUUAUAAUUGUUGUUUUUAGUUUUUAAAUGGUUCUUUUAAAGGAUCUUGUAUAAUAGAAACAAUUGAUUGUAUUUUAGAGCAUAAACUAAAUUCUGAACUAAUUUAAAGACACUUCCAUGUUUUUAAAUGGGUCACUUAAAAUUGCAACGAAAGCGUACUGCAAAACGUAUAACUGCAAAGCGUACUGCAAAGAAUGUAAACAAUCCAAUUGUUUGUCCAAACACAUUGGUUGAAAUGAUUAAAUCAUAUAAUUAAGUUUGUGCUAAUAAAUAAUAAAUUGUUUAAUGUAUUUGUGACAUAAUUUAUAAAUCAUAAGUACCAUGUUAACGUUUAGAUAAUGUAAAAUUCGUAAAAACCUUUUAUAUUUUUAUAAUAUGAUCGUUUCUCUGAAAAUUGUCAUGUUGUACGUUUUUUCCAGAA